GCGCAGCCGCAUGGGUGGGCUGGUGCGCAUGCGCAGGCGGGGUUGUGCGCGAAGCCUGCAGCUGCGGCGGCGGCGGCGAGUCUUGCGCAGAGUGGAGCGGCCGCCGAGGAUGUCUGACGCCUUGGUUUGAGGAGCGGUCAGUGGCGCGAUGGAGCGGGCAAGGGAUCGCUUACACCUGAGACGGACUACAGAACAGCACGUACCAGAGGUGGAGGUCCAAGUCAAACGUAGAAGGACUGCCUCGCUGAGCAACCAAGAGUGUAAGUUGUACCCGAGGCGUUCUCAGCAGCAGCAAGUACCUGUGGUGGAUUUCCAGGCUGAACUGAGGCAGGCAUUCUUAGCUGAGACACCAAGAGGUGGUUAAAGCCAUAUUGGAAUAGCGAGGAAUCUUGAUUCCAAGCAAAAACCAGGCUCCAUCUGCUCUUUGAAGCUUCUGGCCAGCUUGCAUUGUUUCUAGGAGAACCUGCAUCAUCCCUUUAUCUAGAGCCUUCCCCUAGGUCUUCAGAAGCAUCAGGUGUUAACUGUGGACAUUGGAUUUGGUGGAACAGC